AAUAAAAUAAAAAUAAUCGAUGCUUCACAUGACUGUUGACGCAUGCGCAGUGGCGCGGUUGUAACUCUGAGUACUGAAUAAUCUGGGUAGCCGUUUGCUGCUGAACACCUCCGAACCGGAGCAAACUACCGUGCGCCGCUUUAUUUACACACCGGGAGCAGCAUCCAGCGGCGGGGGAAGGACCGGAGCGAUGAGCUUCUUCGGCUUUGGUCAAAGUGCGGACAUCGACAUAGUUCUGAAUGACGCCGAGACGAGAAAGAAAGCCGAGCACAAGAGCGAAGACGGCAGGAAGGACAAAUAUUUCCUCUUCUACGACGGAGAGACGGUGUCCGGGAGGGUCAACGUCACGCUCAAGUAUCCCGGGAAGAGGCUCGAGCACAACGGCAUCAAGAUCGAGUUCAUCGGGCAGAUAGAGCUGUACUACGACAGAGGAAACCACCAUGAGUUUGUGUCUCUUGUGAAAGACUUGGCUCGGCCGGGGGAGCUCACACAGUCACAGACGUUUGACUUUGAGUUCACGCAUGUGGAGAAACCGUAUGAGUCCUACACCGGCCAGAACGUCAAAUUACGCUACUUUCUGAGGGCGACAAUAGGCCGGCGGCUGAAUGACAUCAGCAAAGAGAUGGACAUCGUGGUUCACACGCUCAGCACCUACCCUGAGCUCAACUCCUCCAUCAAGAUGGAAGUGGGGAUUGAGGACUGUCUACACAUAGAGUUUGAGUACAACAAAUCCAAGUAUCACCUAAAAGACGUGAUCGUAGGCAAGAUUUACUUCCUGCUGGUGAGGAUUAAGAUCAGACACAUGGAGAUCGACAUCAUCAAGCGGGAGACCACGGGCACGGGGCCAAACGUCUACCACGAGAACGACACCAUAGCAAAGUACGAGAUCAUGGACGGCGCGCCUGUCAGAGGAGAGUCCAUCCCCAUCAGGCUGUUCCUAGCAGGCUAUGAGAUGACGCCCACCAUGAGGGACGUUAACAAGAAGUUCUCGGUGCGGUACUACCUCAACCUGGUCCUCAUCGAUGAAGAGGAGAGACGCUAUUUCAAACAGCAGGAGAUCACCCUGUGGAGGAAAGGCGACAUCGUGAGGAAGAGCAUGUCUCACCAAGCGGCCAUCGCCUCGCAGCGCUUCGAGGGCUCCUCUUACCCAGAGAAACCUCAGACCCAGAGCAACGCCGAAGACGACAGCUAAAGCGCGUGUAGUGAGUGCGUGAGCGAACACAGUGCAGAAAUUUACAGCAAAUUCUGAAUGUGAAUAUCGUUGGUUUGCAAGCGAGUGUGUGUGUGUGUCAGUGAGAGAGGCUUUGAAAUGUGACAGUGUGUGUUUGUAUGUCGAGGGAACAAACAGUCAGACCAGACUCAGGCUGUAGUUGCAAGUGUUAGUUUAUUUCGACCACCUUGAAGUACCACCUGGGUGGAGUUUACGGCAUUUAAGACUGACUGACGCAAAGAAAACUGCACAAGAUCCGACUUCUGCAACGUUUCAUCGUACAGCUCUGCGUGGCAAACUUCACCUGUUUAGAUGCACUUAAAUAUCAUUUGCAAGUACUGUUUGAAUAAUAUCUUGAAUUCCUGGUGUGUAUGUGUGUGUGUGUGUGUGUGUGUAUGAAUGUACAGUGCGUAGCACGGAGCCACCCCGGGUGUAUUUCUAACACGACCUUUCCUUCAAACUACUCACUCGGCUGGAAGAUCGCGCUGUGCAGAAGCUGUAGUCAUACAGCGGGUUUCUAAAACAAAACAAAAACAUAUUUUACAGCACAUUUCUGUAUGUCUCCUCAAAGGGAUGUGACAUUGUGACAUGAAUGAAUCAUUAUCAUUUAUUAUUUUGCUGCCAUGCCCUCCUUUUUAAAAAAAUAUGAAUUUUAGACUCCAAACACAAGUAGAAGACUUAAAAGACGCUGUAAAUGAAAGCAUUUACAUGUUUGUAUAAAACAACGUUUUAAAAUAUUUUCAUACAUUCCAAGGCUCUCAUCAGAAAGAAUCAUGACUGUAGAGUAUUUAUUUUUUAAGAAAAUUCCACUUUCUAACCAGCGUCGUACAUGUUUGGCGCAUCAGUCGGCCGUGGCUCGGCCUUCGGGAGUUGCCACUGCUGCUAAAACAAACGUGGCACUCGUGUGUGAGCGCUGUGAGAUUCUACGUCCAGUCUCUGGUAGCUUGAAGCCCUGCUUUCUUAUUUGCACUAUAAACUCAUUCUGCUUUUUAAUUUUUUCUCUCUCUCUCUGCUCUCAGUGCUGUUUAUGAACUCACCAGACUCACGUCAGGGUUCAGGUGUAGAGUGAAAGUCAGACUUUAAAUCUAAAAUAGACAGUGUUACACCUGUUUUUAGUCCGGCCUCUUCAUAGACUGCCCCUGUUUGGUUAGUUAGCUUCGUGCCUACGGAUUUAUUGCCAAAAUGUUUCAGUGCAAUACUUUAGAACAAUUGCCACAGCGUACUGCUAAAGCCCUUUCUGUCACUUUUCAUGAGUUAAAAAUGGGUUUAGAGUUUCAGAAAAGAAAAUGAAUGUAUGUAACAGAAAAUCCAGAAACAGAAGUUUGUAUAUUGUCUAAAUAAGCAUAAUCAGGCUUUCUAUUAAGUUCCUGUGCCAUGAUUUCUUUAUUUUUAUUUCCUCCAUCCGUCAGAAAAAAAAGCACACUAGUGAGUACAGAGUGUGAAGCACUGAAACUGAACCCCGUUGUCCUCACAUUGCCCUAGCCUGCAACUAUUUGCUUGACAAGCUUAGCAAGCCGUGCAACUUUUUUGCACAAUCCUAUCACUGUGUAUCAUUAGUUUUAGAUAAUUUUUUAUAUUUCCUACUUCACCUGCCAGUAAAUUCAUUUGUCAGUUUGCUGUGUUUAAAGAAACGUGUGCACUGUCGACGGACUGCUGUUCAGGUAACUGCUAAAAAAUCGAGGAUUCAUCUGCCUAACGAGUUGAUUUGAGCCUGCAAGAAACUUUAAUUUGACCAAAGGGUUGACUUGAGUUUUCCUUGUUCAGAGAAUCGUCCUUUGACGUGACUCGACGGUGGCAGAAAUCACUGCCUUGUAAGCUGAAAUGUGAUUUGUGUUAAGGGACUGUGCUAAAAUUAUUUUGGUUGAGAGAUGGAAUGAAUAAAAAAGAGCCUAAACAUUUACACAUUGCAAAUCACACAUUAGGAAUUGUGCAAUAAAUUGUCAGUUUAUGGUAAACAUAACUAAUGGCACAGUCUGUUCACCGAGCCUUCCAGUUGCUCACUAUUAAUAUAAAUAUAAAUUAUUAUAUAACUGCUGUCACUCAAGCUCCGUGGCUGCUGAAGGACCUCAGCACUGUCACAUUUCCGCUCCACAUAUUGGUAAUUGUGCUGAAAAUGCAUGAAAAUAUAGGUUAUGAAUUUAAAGUCAAGGUGACACAUAAAAAUAAUUGGUAUUUUGGUGCAUAACAAACAAAGUUGAAGAAAAAUAAACAAGUACUGCAAAAGAAUCUUAAAUAUAAAACAGUAAAGAGAUUUAUGUUUUUUAAAAUGAAAAGAGCUGCACAGUGUUUGAAAUUAAGAGGAUGUGCAAAAUAAAACUAAGAGUCUAUAGAAAGACACGAUCAGGCGGAAAUUGGUGCAAAGACGCCGCCUUGUAGUUAAAAAUGUUUCGGCUUGAACAAAACAUUUGCACUGGUCACAAAGCUAGAAAAUAAACUCUUUUAUACAGAGAUGUGUAUAUGAUCCAUGGUGUGCACAAAAUAGAAUUAUUUUUUAACAAUAAACUUGACCAGAAAAGGAUGAAAUAAAAAAUAAACCUGGAGUCCAGCUCCAGCUCCCGUCCUAAUAAUUUUCGUACAGUCCCUAAGUCGUACAGAAUGUAUACUGCAUUACUUUCCUGCCUAACUCACCGUCCUUUUGGCAGUUACCUCCACUGAUACAAUAACUACCAACUUUAGACUAUACACAGUUCAUAUUUGUUCUUUUAUUUUGUUUUUUUGUUUGAUUAUGUGGCUGUGAUUUAUUUUUUAUUAUUUUUUUACCAGUACUGGUUCAGGCACACAGUAGCUAAACUAACCCAUGUCCAUUAUGGAGAGUAAACUGAGAUUAAAAUAAGAACGAAUGAUGAAAUGUACGGUGUAAAUGCACAAUGUAAAUGCAUCCCUCUUCUUUCUUUUGUUUCUGUUCAUGACAUAUUUUAUCUUCCUGUCUAUAAAUGUUGAUUUUAAUCAUUUUAUAUUCCUGUUUUACUUUGAAUUAAAAGGGAGUAACUAAAA